GCGGGUUAGACAAUAGGUCUGUGCUUCAAGUGGUAAUUCCUGGAGAGGCGGAGGACAAUCUAGCAAGUGCCACCUUGGUAUGCCGUACCCCAUGCCCCUUGGAUCUGGGGGAGCGAGGCACACCCGCACGAGGCCAUGUAAACUGGGCCAGAGAAAGCACUCAGCCAGGGCCCUGGCCCGGUCUAGCGCGGCACCUACCGCCUUCUAGCCCAAUUCCCCGAGCUACUCCGUGCACUCCGAGGAUCGCUCUGCUUUUUGAAAAUUUCCAAGCAGCCUUUGACCACCCGCUGGCCGCACCCGACACGUCGUCAAUCACUCACAUUGUGUCGCACAAGUCAUCCUCAACCUUAUCCACGGUCGCAAGCACCCAGACAUUCCUGGGAUACUGUCUUUUGCCCUGUAUCCAUCCUGCACCGGGCCUGCUGUGCGCCUGUACGUUCCGCCCCAACCGGUGUGAAGAGGCCAAAUUAUCGUCAACCGAGAAAAUAGUGGACUCUUAAGCGGACCACACACCCCCUUUGACACGCUCGAGUCAACAACGAUAUUGGGCUCUCCGUCUUGACAAGACUCCAACAACGUCGGAGUGAAUGCCUACCACGAAACAAUCCAGACCUCCUCAUGUGCUCGCGAUAACCUGGCUCCCAUUCACAACCAGCCCUCUAUUGUUUUGAGCCCGCUCACCACCCAACCAGCCCCACCUGCCACCAACACAUACCCUUCUUGUCCCCGACACAACGCCAAUCCCCCCCACAAUGUCCAAGGCGGUCGCUGUGAAGGAGGCUGUCAAGGAGACCCUCAUAGGCUCUGAGGAGCCUGUGCAGGUGUCUGCCCAGACAAAGGCGCGCUUCAAUUCCAAUGCCAUCAAGGACCCCGAGUCCGGGGAGCUGUACAUGGGCCCCGAAGAGUUCAUCAAUGCUGUUGCGCCUUCAGAUGAGGACUAUCACAAGAUCAAGCGAGACCAGUACCGCCUCCUCUUCUCCGUCGCAGACCGUCAGGACAAGGGCCGUGUUACCAUGCCGGACUGGGCCUACUUCGAAAACCUCUUGAACAAGCCAGACGCCGAGUACGAGAUCGCCUUCAGGCUCUUUGAUGUUGAACGUCUCGGUACUGUAAAGUAUGAGGACUUCCGCCGGCUAUAUGAGUUGAACAAGGGGCCCGACAGCAUCUCAUUCGACUGGGACUGCGAGUGGGCCAAGCUGUAUAUCGGCAGCACCAAGAAGAGGCAUGCCAUGGACUAUGCGCAGUUCUCCCAGAUGCUUCGGGGUCUGCAAGGCGAGAGGAUCCGCCAGGCGUUCCUGCAAUUCGACAGGGACGGCGACGGCUUCAUCGAGCCCGAGGACUUCGAGCGCAUAAUCCUCGAAACCUCCAAGCACAAGCUGUCGGACCACCUCCUGCAGCACCUCAGCACUCUGUGUAACAUCUCAAAGGGCAGCAAGAUCUCUUACGCGAACGUGCGUGCUUUCCAGAACAUGAUUAAGGAGAUGGAUCUGGUAGAGCUCAUUGUCCGCCGCGCGUGUGCCAAGAGCAAGGAUGGCAGGAUCACCCGCACCGAGUUUCUGAACCAGGCCGCCAAGGUCACCCGCUUCUCCCUCUUCACGCCCAUGGAGGCAGACAUCCUCUUCCACUUUGCCAGCAUCGACGAGCCGUCCGGCCGCCUGGCCCUGAAAGACUUCGCCAAGGUGCUGGACCCGUCAUGGAGGAGCCCAGCAUACGAUGACUCCGGCUCAGGUGCGGCUCUGCAGGCCAAGCCCGCCAGCUCAGCACUGCUCAGCAAGGUCCUGGAGUCCGGGUACAACUUCGCGCUCGGCAGCCUGGCUGGCGCCUUUGGCGCCUUCAUGGUCUACCCCAUCGACCUCGUCAAGACCAGGAUGCAGAACCAGAGAAGUGCGGCCGUGGGGCAGCAGCUGUACAACAACUCCCUCGACUGCUUCCGCAAGGUUGUCCGCAACGAAGGCAUCCGUGGCCUGUACUCGGGUGUCAUGCCCCAACUCGUCGGAGUGGCGCCGGAGAAGGCCAUCAAGCUGACUGUCAACGACCUCGUGCGGGGUUUCUUCACCGACAAGAAGACAGGUACCAUCCACCCACUAGCUGAGAUCCUGGCCGGUGGAAGCGCUGGUGGUUGUCAAGUGGUCUUCACGAACCCCCUCGAGAUCGUCAAGAUUCGGCUCCAGGUACAAGGCGAAGCCGUCAAGUCAGGUGCUGAAACUGCGCCCAAGCGAUCGGCGAUGUGGAUUGUCCGUAACCUCGGUCUUGCCGGCCUCUACAAGGGAGCCUCCGCCUGUCUGCUCCGCGACGUGCCCUUCUCCGCCAUUUACUUCCCGACAUACAGCCAUCUCAAGAAGGAUCUGUUCGGGGAGUCGCCGACUAAGAAGCUGGGCAUCGUCCAGCUGCUGACAGCGGGUGCCAUCGCCGGUAUGCCUGCGGCGUAUCUCACCACCCCGGCAGACGUGAUCAAGACCCGUCUCCAGGUGGAGGCUCGCAAGGGCGACACCACCUACAACGGCCUCACCCACGCGGCCAAGACCAUUCUGAAGGAGGAGGGCUUCAAGGCAUUCUUCAAGGGUGGGCCAGCCCGUAUCCUGCGGUCCUCGCCACAAUUCGGUUUCACCCUCGCAGCGUAUGAGCUUCUCCAGCGGACGAUUCCGUUCCCCGGUGGCGCAAAGAGCUCGACGGGCGGUGGUGUGUCGGAGGCGAUGGCGACGCUCAAGGACAAGAUCGACACAAGCCCAUUUGCCAGGAGCAGAAACUCGCUCAAGAUCAUUCUGGAUCUGGACGAGGACUUCGGGCGUGCGAAGCUGCCGGACCAGAAGGGAUGGAAGAACCUCCCCUCUUAUAUGCAGGGCAGCUCUUCCAACGGCAAGGCCUGAGGUGGUGGCCAGAACCCACGAAAUCGGACGAUUCUCUGCCGUCAGGCCACCACGUUCUGGGCCGGAAUGUUACCCUUCCACCCUUCCACAUACGACCCCGACAACCAAAUCCACCCACACAUGCUUGCUGCAUGCAGGCUUCCCCACAUCUGAGGGGGACAGGGUCACACAACAUAGACCCGGGCAAGCCACACAACAACCAGUAUCGUUCCGAUGCUUGCUGCAAUUGGCAUCAGAGGAACAACACAUUCGAUGAUCACAACGAGCAUAUGCGUGCAUGCCUAGGCAGGCACCUUCGGCGUUUCAAGGAGAUCAACUUUAUCAUCACUAUUUUCCUGCUUUACACAAUAUUUUUAGAGUUCUAUCCUCUUUUGUUUUUGAUUUUCAGAUUUCUUCUUAUGCAGAUGUUUCAAUAUUUUCCCCCAUCCCCCUGCUGCCUUAUUGAUGAGGCACGUUGUCUUCCGGUUUUUGUACCACACACGACUGAUAUUUGUUCCAAAGGUCCUGGUGGAGCAUGCCAUCUUCAGGGCUAUAUUGGCACAAAGCCAUGUCAAUGACAGAGAGAGAGACAGAGAGAGCACCGAUGUUUUUCACACGUUCAUGUGUGUGCACGUGAAAAGAAGAGAGAAAAGACAAAGUUGCAAGAAGGCUUGCAUAGACCUCAGUUGGCCUGAAGAUAGAUGGUUUCUGCAUCAUCAUAGAGGCAUUGUCAGAUUAGACUAGAAGGUUGAGAUCCUGCCCCACCUGCUUUGGGGCAGUCCACUUUGUGCCUUGGUAGCACACCCUUCUUUAGGUCAUGUAUUCACACCAUCAGGGAAGAAAUGUCAGGAUAGAGUUUUUGAAGAUGGAUGAGCCUGGGAGCUCUUGUCAGGCUAAAUGAGCCAGACACAUGAAUGACAGCAGAUUAUGAUCA